UAAAGAUUAUGUAUUUAACAUUGAUAUUCUAACUUUAAAUUAAGAAAACUGAUAAUAUUUGAAAAACGGCUCAAAAUAACAGCUGGCUGUGUAGUGGUUCAAAAAGUACUACGGUUCACACUGAAUAACAAAACAGCGCCUCUAUUAUAUUUCAGAAUGACUUAAAAGCGCGCUUUGAAUCCGAUAUUUUGUAAUACGCGAAAAAGUAUAAGAAAGAAAAAAGUCGCAAUUUCAAUAGAACAGAACGAAAAAUUCAUUUUAUGUAGAUAAACGUUGAAUAAAAAUAGUGAAGUUAGGGUAAAAAGCGAAAAUGCCGUGGUUUAAUAUAAGUGAUUUCAGUUUCAGUGAUUUCAUAAAGAAGAGAGUAUGCAAAUUCUUAAUAAAUAGAUACCUUGGAAGGUUCUUUGAAGAAAAAUUGACUGCAGAUCAAAUCUGCUUAGAUUUAUAUAAUGGAAAAGGUUCAGUUUACAAUGUGAAUUUGUGCUGUGAGGCAAUAAACAGCAUUUUUGAAGCACAAGGAUGGGACUUUGAGGUGACUAGUGGCCAAAUUGGUUCUGUAACUGUCAACGUGCCAUGGAAUUGUUUGAUGUCAGAAGACUCAUUCGUUGAAGUCAGCGAUUUACGAUUGUGUCUGCGACCGCAGGCGCGUGCUAAAGAUGAUGGUACAUCGAUGCUUGAAUCCAUGUGGAGUUCAAUGAGUAGCUCGAUGCAAUUGGCGCAAGAAUGUCUAGAGAAAAAUGAAGAUGAAGAGACGGUAACAGCUCAAAGUUCAUCAAAUAUGGAAGGGUUGGAGAAGUUUGCACUUACAAUUGAUAACAUUUUGAAUCGAAUAAAAGCGAAGUUCAUCAACACAGAAGUUCGACUCGAGUAUCUUCCUAAAGAUUCUGAUGUCGGCGUUACUUUAAUAAUUAAAAUUAAAAGUUUUGAAUAUCAAAACGAAGCGAGUAGUGAAGCACAACAGAAGGAUGAAAGUAGUGAGAAAAAUGAUCAGAAAACGAUUCUUCUUGCAACACACGACACACAUCAUAUUGCACUUGAAGAUAUCACGUUCUAUACCGAAGAAUUCCGGAUAGGUGCUUUAACUCUCUUUUUUACGCCUCGCCAAAUGCACAUGUUGCUUCUUCUCUGUGAUAUUCUACUCAAUGGUGAAGCUACACCAUCGAAUGUUGCUAAUGACAACAAUGAAAUGUCAUUUAAAGCCGAUAUUGAUGAGAAACAACGACGUUAUGCUGGUGGAUUGAUGACACAUCAAACAUGGUCUGGUGAUGAUUAUGGAUUUCAUAAUCAAGAGUUCACAAGUGCACGUGAUCUUCAUGUUAUAGACAAACUUCGACCUGUAAGCAGUGAUUCAGUUUUCUCAUCGAACAGCUCAUCAAUGACAAGUUCGAUGAUUUCGUCAGCGGGAAGUCAUAAUACAGCACGAAGACGUCGUGCAAUUGAAAGAGAUCAAAAUGCUGACAUUUCACAUUUUAGCAUUCGUAUAGCUGGAAUAUUUUUAGUGAUUCUACAUGAUGAUAUUCUUGUGACGACGACGACAGUGACGUCGACGCCUUUAAAUGAGUUGAGUGUUGACAAGUUGAUAAAUAAAUGUGAACAUUUCUUCAAUUAUGUAUCGGAUGGAAUUGCAACGUGCAACACAAGUGACUUGAUGAAAAUUGGAAGUGUAUUAAGAAGCGCUUGCUGUGAUAACAAUCAUCUUCGUUUGAUGUUAGCUCCGGUUAUUGUCGAUGGUGAGGAAAGACGAACAGUGAAAGGAAAUUGCACGAAAUUGAAUAUUUCCAUUUCACGUGCUGAUGUUCAUGAGAUUCUUGGUGAUCUUUGUCUUCCGAUUAUUGAAUUUUAUCGAAAAGAUUCAACGACAAUGAUUCCGGAGAUGCCUGAAGUGUCAGUGACAAUGGAGAAAACGCUUUAUGUCUUAAAGGGAUCAACAGGCAAACAAUAUUUUGCGCCGCGUCUAAAUUUAGGCAUCACAUUGGCAACAGGAAAAUUGGACUUUGAUAUUUCAGUCUUUGAUCGUCUUAACGCUUUGUUUUCUUCGCCAUUCAGUAGUUUCAUGUCUGAUGGAAUGUCAUCUGAUCAAGAUAACGUCAAUGAACUUUCGCCGAAUUCACAAAAAAUCGUGCAAUCAAAAUCAAAAAUAAAGAUUCAGUCAGAGACAUUUAAUUUGGUGUUACGAUUUCCAAUUGUUGAUUUGCGACCGAUACAUGAUCCGGAGAAACGUCCUUGGUGGCAACGAAACAUUCGAACAGAUUUUAUUGUUUUCAAGUUUUCGGAUUUUCAACUUAACAUCAUUUCACCAAGCACUUACGAUGUCAUUGCAAAUGAGAUUCUUGUUCAAUAUCUUGAAACAGAAAAGGCAACCCCUAUUAAUGUCGCAAAAGCUUCGUUCUUUGUUAAUUCAUCUGGAAAAUAUUAUCCAUCAUCGACAGAUUAUCCCCGAAUUGUUGUGCAAUUUCCAACCGAUGAACAACUUCAAGAUAUGAACGAAGCUUUUAUUCGAGAGCAAAGUAAUCGAAAGUCAGAGGACACUGACAGUGAUCCAGCAUCGGGCGAUAGCAUCAAAAUUAAUCUGUCAAAGGAUUCAACGCCUUUUGGAACAAAAAAAGUGUGUAGAGAAAGUGACACGCCUCAUGGAAAGAGUGAUGAAGAUGAAUCUGAAACACUUUUGAUUCCUGGUGAUCGUGAUGAGAUAAACAAUUUCUGUGAUAAUGCAAUGAAAUUUUCUAAAAUUCAAAUCAAAGUUGAUCUUCCUGUUGUGAGCGUUCAGUUAAAAUCAAAGCAUCUUUAUGAAGUCAUCUAUAAUCGAAUAAUUUCUGAUAUUCUUAUGUGGGAAUCGAAUGUACCGAAAGCUAAACCACCGGAAGUUCCAAUAACAUUGAAAAAGCCACCAGAUUCAUUGAUGAAUGCUGGAAUGAUGGAUUCAAUGUAUGCACCUUUUGCAAUGUGUAAGAGUAAGAUAAACUUCGAAUCAAGUUCAUCAGCAACAAAUUCAGAGAGUGAGAGUGACAAUGAUCAAAUUUUUUAUUCAAUGAACGACAAAAAUCGUGGUGGAAAGAAAUUACUUCCGAUUUAUCAGAAAGAUUACAGCAAUUCAGUGUCAUUUCAACUUCAUAUUGGUCAAGGUAUGAUGACAAUGUAUGCACCGGUGAGAGACACACAAAAUCAUGUCGUGCCGGGACAACUUGGUGAGUUCGUUCUUCGAGUUAAUUCAACAAAAAUUUUCACUGUUAGCAGCUAUCAUGGCAACUCAAAUAUUGGUUAUUUCUGCAUUCAAUCAGCGAACUUGGAAGUGUUUCAUUGUGGAUUACUUCCAGUGCCGAUACAGAAUCCACCGUUACGUGACAUUUAUUACAGUCUUCCAGCUUGGUUGAAAAGUACACUUUAUGCAACACCAAAGAAUUUAACACUCAAUGAGAAUCGUGGAUCAUUAAAACGUGACAUGAUCUCGUUAGCUGUUCAAAUUAAAGCAAAUCCCGAUCAAGGAUUAAAGCGAACGAAAAUAUCUGUUGGAGUACAAAUGGCAACAUUGCGACAUAACUCAACGCUUUCUGAACAUCUUUGGUUGACACAACUCAUGGAUAUGUUUGAUAUUAAGGAAGACAUUGUCCCCGGUUACACGCCAUAUACAAAUUUAACAGAAUUUCAUUUGCAUUUAUGGGAUUGUGCAAUUGAUUAUCGUCCACUUCAUUAUCCAUUUCGAGCGAUAGCAACAAUUGGAAAUUUCAUGAUAAGUUCAAAUAUAGCGACGGGAAGUGUUGGAUGUACAUUAAGAUUUGUUGCUGAAGAUGCGACACUUUCUUUAGCACCACAAAUUCUCAACACAACAAAUGAGAAUCAGAAGAGAGAUGACGAGAACAAAAUUACUUCACUUCCAUCAACGGAGUUAAUUUGUGUCACUGAAAUGGGAUUAUUUGAGAUAUCAUUACGUUUGAAUGAUAAAGUUACGCCAUUAUCACCGAAAUAUGAUUUAAGAGCUGCAAUUAAAGAUGUUCAUAUUCGAACAUGUUCAGAUUCAGGGAAAGCUCUGUUAGAGUUUAUCAGUUAUUUAGCAUCGGAAGGUGAUUUGGUAGAUGAACAAGAAAAUGAUGAAGUGAGAAGUGAAGCAUCAAGCAUGCCACAAUCUAAUGAACCCGAAGAUGAUCCAUUACUUCAAAUGAAGACUUCAGAUCGAAUUGCACCUGAAGUGACACAAACACAACAAAAUCAUGUGAAGUCAUUGAUGGCUGAUGCAAUGGAAGAAAGUAUUUACAUCCCAAGUUCACAUAAUCAUCACGCAAACAUCAACAACACCUCAAAUGAUGAUUCUGACGAGUUAGUUGAUCUUGGUACAGAUGUUUUCUUCUUUCCCGAUGAGCAAGAGAAGAGAGAAAUUCGUUUUGGUGCGGUGAGAAAAGCUGACAGUUAUAAACGGCGAUGUGCAAGUGAAGAUUCAAUCAGCAUCGAUUCAUCGAGUUAUCGUGAUGAUGAAGAGAUUUUCGUGAGACGAUUUGAGCAGAAGGAAGAAGAAGAUUCAGGAAGUGUCAACACAGAAAUGCGCGAACUACUUGACUUUGAGUCGUCAGUGAUGGUCGGAUUGAAGGAACCAAUUGAAGAUUUUGAUCCAUUACCGCAAGUUGAAAUGGAUCUUGGAGAUAUUUCAAAGUAUGAAACUCCACCAAAAAGACCGCAACCUGCAAGAGGAAGAAUCAGUUCAGAUUCAGAUGACGAUUUUUGUAUUGUUGCUGAUGAAGAACGUCCAUCAUAUGGCGAUGUUCAAGUUGCACAAACUGAUGAUCCAAUAAGAAUCAUUGAUAAUCAUUUUAGCGCACCACAUGGCAAACCAGAUCUUUUGAAAGCUCCAGCUGAUUUUCCUAUGGCUGUACAACGUUACACGCUUUGCGAAAUGACUUUGGUGUGGCACAUGUUCGGUGGGCAUGAUUUUCCGAAUGACGAUGAUAAGAAAAAGGAGAAAGAAGAACGAGAUGAGAUUAAUCGACGAGCUUUCACGAAUUAUCCAAUGUCAGAAGUUUACAAGAUGGGAGUUUCAUACACAAAAGGCUCGCCAAGUUUAACACUUGGUGGUGGUGGUGGAAAUCAAACGAAACUCACAUGGAAAACUCGUGGUGGUUAUGGAAGAAAACACGACAUUUUAAUGGAAAUUCAUUUAAAUAAAGUGAGAUUUUCACAUGAAACUUAUCCAACAACAACCGAACAAGCAUCACGUCAAGUUCUUCUCGUCACUGAGUUGGAAAUCCGCGAUCGUUUAGCGAUUUCCAAUAUUAACAAAUUUUUAUAUCAUCCAACUGUUGGAUUUAGAACACGACAAGGAAAUCAUCACAUGGUGGUGAUAAAAGCACUUCAUCUUCGACCAGAACCAGCAUUGAAAACACAAGAAUGUUGCUUAAGAAUUUCACUUCUUCCAAUUCGUUUGAAUAUUGAUCAAGAUUCACUUUUAUUCCUUAUUAAUUUUUUCAAUGAGUUGAGUGGUGGGAAAGAUUUUAAUGAAUCAAAAACAAAUAACGCACAAAAUGCUUUAAAACUUCACCAACCGCCAGUUAUGAUGGUGGAACUUCCAGAAGCAGCACAAGAAUUACAAGCAAGAAAAAUGGUUUCGGAAAAUCUGACGUUGUUGUUAAAUGAAGAUGAAAGUGGAGUUGGUGAAGAUGACGAUGAAGACCGACAUCGUCAAGGUUCGGCAAAUGCUGGAACAACAGAAGCACCAAACGAAACAUCAACCGACACUUCAUCGCCAAUCUUCUUCCGUCAUGUUAUCUUCAGCCCCGAUGUUCCAAUUCGUUUGGAUUAUCAAGGAAAGCGAGUUGAAUUGUCACAUGGCCCAUUGGCUGGUCUUUUAAUGGGCUUAGGACAACUUCAAUGUUCUGAAAUUCGAUUGAAGAGAAUUUCAUAUCGACAUGGGAUUUUGGGUGUCGAUCGUUUGUUGAAUUAUUUGAUUCAAGAAUGGCUUCACGACAUCAAAAAACGACAGUUACCAAAGAUUCUUGGAGGUGUUGGACCAAUGUAUUCGCUUGUUCAACUAUUUCAAGGAAUCUUCGACUUGUUCUGGUUACCAAUUGAACAAUAUCAAAAGGAUGGUCGUAUUGUGAGAGGAAUUCAACGUGGAGCUCAGAGCUUUACAGCUCGAACAGCUUUGGCAGCUUUAGAAAUUACAUCACGAAUAAUUUAUUUGCUUCAAAUAACUGCAGAGACGGCUUUUGAUAUGGUUUCACCAGUUGGACCAUCAGUUCGUCGUCGUGUUAAUCGUAAGGGUAAAAGAAAAAGAAUUCAUCCUCCUCAGGAUAUCCGUGAAGGAAUGUCAAAUGCUUACCAUAUUGUCAAAGAUGGUAUUGGUGACACUGCACAAACGAUCAUUCAGAUGGCUGCGUUAGAACAUGAUCAGAAAGGAUACACGGGUGCAGUUGGGGCUGUCAUGCGACAGAUUCCACCGACAAUGGUUCGACCAAUUGUGUUGGCGACGCAAGCAACGACAAACGUUCUUGGCGGCUUGAAGAAUGAGCUAAUUCCAAAUGCUCGCAUUGAGGCAAAAGAAAAGUGGAAGGAUGAUGAAGAAAAUUAAUUAAUUGCUCAAUGCAAUUUAGUUUAAGUCUGAGGUUAAGAAAGAGUCGACGAUCGUGAAAUAAUUAUGAUUAGCAAAAUAACAACUCACAAAUGAACGAAUAUUUGUGAAAGAAGUAAAAUGAUUAAAAUCAAACUUAAUUAAUCGAUAACUUUUCCUAUGAUUUUUAAUUCUUUUUUCUUUAAAUUGUUUUAAUCGAAUUUUGGUAAAAUAUUGGAAAAGGGAAUGAAAAUUAGGUCAUUGAAUUUUUCACAUGAAAACUUUAACUCUGAAAACAAAAUUUGACGAUCAUUGAAAUUCAUCAAAAUGUUUAAGGAGUGAAAAUGUAAACUUUUCAUUUUUUCUGUUUCAAAUGAAUCGAUAGUUCAUUCUACAACUAUUAAUGACUCUUAAUAAAUAAAUUUUUUUUUGCCAUUUUUCGUUUGAUGUGCUGACAUAAUUACCUAAUUUAUUUUCAAAAUAAAAAAGUUUCAUUUCUCUUAUUCAUAGCAUAAAUUUUAAAUCGAAAAGCAAAAUAAUAAGAAGCAUCGUUUUUAAUUUGUUUCACGCCCAUAAAUUAAUCAUUAAUUAAUUAACCCCGUUUUUUACAUGCAAGAUUCUUAUCGAUAAAUGCUUGAAAUUUUCUCAGCAAAGUUUUAUUUUAUUUUCUUCAAUCAAAAUGCUAUUUUUGGAAUAAAAACCAAUUAAAUU